AAAAGUAAAGAAAAUUGGAGACGGAAUUUUAGAAUAAUCUUGCUAUUAUAUGAAGCCUACUUUCAAUGUUACAUGAAGUUUGCACAGUAUGGAGCCAACUACAGGGUUAGUAGAUAUAUAUUCUGUUCUGUGGGGAAUGAUAGACAUACACAAAUCCAUCGCUACUGACAGUCAGUCCCUCGAUGGGAUAUAUUCCGACUUUGCACAGCUCAGUUGCAAACCGUGUGACAAACUCCCCACUCAGAUUGAACACGACGACUCCCCUGUCAUCUGAGACAUACAGGUGGGAGAUGUGGAUGUGGAGAAUGUUGGGUCUGCUCAGCUGCCUCUCUCUA